UCGUACACUCUAACAUGUGCAUCAACUUGCUUUAAAGGUGGCGAUGUGGAACAAAUUUGCGAGAUGGGCACCACUUGGUGCUAUUGGAGUUUUCUCGAAAAAUACGGGUUAUAUCCACUUGUACACAAUGCCCAAGAAAAAGACAACUAUCUGGCAAGCCUAUGUUUCAGCAAUCCGGACCCUUUUCUGGAGGACAACUUUUGCAAGAAAAACUUUCAAGGUAACUGCACAGACGCCGAAAAAAAAGAAGUUUGCUCGCAUGGAGCGCGGCUAUGACGUGCUUCGUGAUGAAAUCACUUCUGCCGAAAACUGCCAGUCUGUUGUCCAACUUCGUGAAUGCAUGAACCUGACCGCCAUAAGCACUUGUGAUCGCCGUGCAGAAUCUUCAAAUAUCUUCGCGGCUCAGGUGGACACACAUUGGAGAGGGGCACAAAUGUUGAAGACCUGCGUCAAGGAUGCGGCUACACCCUGCGAUGCCGAGAAGAACGCAGCCGCCAUAGUGCACUUGCAGAAGGUUCUUGACGCCAUUGUCGACCUCGCCUGGGGCAUAUGAUAAACCGAAUGCUUCACACAACGAAGGCAGCUACAGACGGCAUCGCGGAAUCCCUGUUGAGCUGGUGUUUUCAUUAGUUCGGUUAGCAGUUCUGGUUAGAGGCAUCUCACAUUCGUCGAACAUGAUCAACUAAACCUGCAGCACUUGCUAGGGACAUGCCCUGGUCUGCAAACGGCUUGUCGGCGUCAUCUGAGUGAUGUGCCUUCACCCCAAUUGGCCGUCAGAUUUAUAAAAGUGGAUUUAUGGCCCUUACCUCUGCUCCUUUUGGGCUUUAUACCGAAGACAGCGUCAUAAUCGUGUGUAGCCUUUCCUUUUCAGACCGGACGGCCAAAUAACACAAAAAUAAAUAAAACUGCAAGCGCUUUUUUUUUCUUCUGUCAAUCUUUAAACAUUCUACACGACAAAGAGGCUCGUGUCCUUUUGCGAUACUCGUGAGCCCAAGUGCCGCUUUUGUUGGCUAACAACCUUAUUCUGGAACCUACCACCGCUCACCGUCUGCGUCGAUCUAAUCUACGAUGAUGAUGAUGUGAUGAUGAUGAUGAGGUGCAGGACAAUUGUCGGCUGGCCUGUUUGAGCUACUCUGGCUCUAUUACAUCUAUUGGCAUUUAGCCUUUGAACUAUCUAAUCUUGAUUUUGUAUUUGAGACCUCUAUUAAUAAAUUGUACAGUUACCUACGCU